CAACUGGGGAUCACAUUCAAGGACGAGCUCAACAAUCCCAAGAUCCCAAUCAAAUUCAGACCACGUCGAACAACUCAUAAUUCGGCUAAUUGGUUUCUCUGAAGCUCCUAGAUGAUGAACAGAAUCUGGGUUUGUGACCAGGAAAGGGCAUGGGUUGCCACGAGGUGAACCAUAACAUAAACCAACGACAAUCCAGUUAAGGCGUGUUGGUCUACUUUUUGAGUUGCAGAUGCAACGGCUAUGUACAAAAACGCGGGAAAUUUCAUCUCCCGUACGGUGUCAUCUCCGUGGCCAAAAGCUCUCUUGGCAACUUGCAAAGACUUGAAGUCCAUCGCCCAAAUCCAUGCCCUUAUGAUCUUGACCGGAAUCUUCAGCAAUGGAUAUUCCAAUGGUCAACUAAUAGUUUCCUAUGGACGCAUUGGUGAUAUUGCUACUGCUCGCAGAGUGUUCGAAGAAUCGCCUCAACGAGGAGUGACCACUUGGAAUGCCGUGAUCAUCGCUUACUCUCGGAAUGACUCUGCAGCUGAAGUUCUGAACCUUUAUCAGCAGAUGAUUGUUGAAGGUAUUAGACCAGACAGCUCAACUUUCACGGUCAGUCUUAAAGCCUGUGCCAACCUGCUGGACUUGAAAAAGGGCGAAGAGAUCCUAUCCCAAGCGACUGAUUUUGGGUAUAAGGAUGAUGUUUUUGUUGGGUCUUCGGCUCUCAAUCUGUAUGCGAAGUGUGGGAAGAUGGAUGAAGCUCUGAGAGUCUUCAAUGGGAUGCCAAAAAAGGAUCUUGUGUCUUGGACAACGAUGAUUACAGGAUUCUCGCAGAGUGGCCGCCCAGUUGAAGCGGUUGAUAUUUACCGUAGGAUGCGAAUGGAAGAAAUACAAGGGGAUUGCAUUGUGAUGGUUGGUCUGAUUCAGGCAUGUGCAAAUAUUGGGGAUUUGAAUAUGGGUCUUUCUGUUCAUGGGUAUAUGAUCCGCCAAGAUAUUCCAAUGGAUGUUGUAGUCGAAACCAGCCUUGUGGACAUGUAUGCAAAGAAUGGGUUCUUGAAUCUAGCCUCUUGUGUAUUUGAAAAGAUGCCUUACAGAAAUGUGAUUUCCUGGAGUGCAUUGAUAUCUGGAUUUGCACAAAAUGGGUUUGCAGGGGAUGCCCUGAAGUUGUUGGUGGAGAUGCAGACUUUUGGACUGAAACCAGAUUUAGUGUCACUUGUAAGUGCACUGUUGGCAUGUUCACAAGUUGGAUAUUUGAAAUUUGGUAAAUCAAUACAUGGGUAUAUUUUGAGGAGGCUCAAGUUCGAUCGGGUCUCAGGGACUGCAGUGAUUGACAUGUAUUCAAAGUGUGGAUCCCUCUCUAGUGCACGUCUCCUCUUUGAUCAGAUAAGUUCAAGGGAUCUGAUCUCUUGGAAUGCGAUGAUCGCUAGCUAUGGAAUCCAUGGAUGUGGAGAGGAAGCUCUCUUUCUUUUCCUACAGAUGAAGGAAACAAAGCUAAGACCAGACCAUGCGACCUUUGCUUCUCUUCUAUCAGCCUUCAGUCAUUCGGGUUUGGUUGAAGAAGGUCGGUACUGGUUUGAUCUCAUGGUUAGAGAAUUUGAAGUCCAACCUAGUGAAAAGCAUUACGCCUGUAUGGUUGAUCUUUUGGCUCGUGCAGGUCGAGUUGAAGAGGCACAUGGGCUGAUAGAGUCCAUGGUGAUUGAACCUAGUGUUUCUGUUUGGGUUGCCCUCCUUGCAGGUUGCCGUAACCAUGGGAAAUUGGAGCUCAGAGAGAAGGUGGCAAAAAAGGUUCUUGAGCUGAAGCCAGAUGAUCCAGGAAUUUAUUCCUUGGUCUCAAAUGUCUUUGCCGCAGCAAAGAAGUGGGCUGACGUGGCUGUGGUAAGGAAAGUGAUGAAGCAGACUGGAAUGAAGAAAGUACCUGGUUACAGCACUGUAGAAGUAAAUGGCAAGCUCCAUGCAUUUCUGAUGGAGGAUCGGAGCCACCCUCAAUAUGAGGAGAUUGCGGCCAUGUUGGAGAAGUUGGACAAUGAGAUGAGAGCCAUGGGAUAUGUUCCAAAGACUGAGUUUGUGUUGCAUGACCUUGAUGAGGAAGUGAAGGAGAGGAUGUUGUGUAAUCACAGUGAGAGACUGGCUAUUGCUUUUGGACUUCUAAACACAAGACCGGGAACCAGACUGCUAAUAACAAAGAACCUUAGGGUGUGUGGGGAUUGCCAUGAGGCCACAAAGUUCAUGUCCAAGAUUGUAAACAGAGAGAUUAUUGUAAGAGAUGUCAAACGCUUCCAUCACUUCAAGGAUGGGGUUUGCUCAUGUCGUGACUACUGGUGAGCCUGUUAACUGCAGAAUCAUUCUUACUCUCACUUAGGUGGCCAAGAUCUCAAAUGCAGGGUCUAUUUCUAUGGUAAAAGAAUGUUUGGAAUCAUCUUGAUCUGUAUAUCAGUGGUCAAUUCAUCAUAAAGCUGGAUGUUGUUUGAGUUGAGGUCAAGGCAAUAUUACUAGCGCAUUGCAACUGUUAGGAUCAUGGCCCUGAUCCACCUUCUUCCAAAAGUCAGGAUGCCCAGCUGCAUGAACAUGGGCGCUUGGGCUUGAGGGUGUUAAAUACACAUCUUUGAGGUAAACAUAUCCAAAUGGAGUUUGCUUAAUGUGCUUGCAUUUCUCCUGCAGUUCCGCCCGUGUUGGUAAAAGGUACUGGUAACCUUUGCCAUUGUUAAUUACAAAAGAGAGGCUAGUUUGAUUAUGUGUCAGCAUAACAUUGAUAAAUGAAUUGGCAUUGCUUGA